AUGAGUUGCUCGGUACUCGUUGAAGCGACAAGUUCUUCUAACAUCGAGGACGACUUGUACACCUUCAAAGAAAAGUCACCGUCACCGGCAUCGGAAAGCUCGCCAGGUAAUGUAAUAAUAUAUUCAACCGCUUCUAGCUAUUCUUUUCAAAAUAUCAAAAUAUACUUACUAUUAAAUACUAAAUAUACAAAAGAUUCAGCAGUUAUUAUAAGUAACUGUGAAUUAAUUCUUCAAAGUGAAUAA